AGAUGGGCGGCUGUGCUCUGCUCAAAGUGGUGCUAGUUGGGGCACUUCUGUGGAUUUCUGCAAUCCAUGCAGACUCAGAAGACGAUGGGAAGCUGCUGUGCACAUGCGAGAAUGUCAAAGGCACAUGCGUGAAUGGAACUUGCAGAGGAGACAUCUGCUUCUACACGUGGGUGCAAGGCUUUGAAGAGAGGGGCUGCUUCUCCGCAGCUAACUACAGGGAGCAGUGCUUCACCUCCUUUGAUCGCUUCUUUGUCCAUUGCUGCAAAGAAAACCAUUGCAACGCCUUCACCACACCACCUCCAAAUAUCAAUGGAGAGCCGACAACAACGCCUCCAGAAGUCAAUCGUCCGGAGCUGUGGAUUGCGGUGUCUUUGCUGCUGUUAUUCAUGACUGCCAUUGUGUGUGGCGUGGUGCUGUUCCUGCGCUUCCGGCAUGCACACUGCAAACCGAAAAAUACUGAUGAGCGUAAUGUCACCUUGCUCAAGGUCCCUAAUGGAGAUGACCCCACAUAUGGCGAUAUCUUCGAUGAGUUUUGUACAUCAGGGAGUGGGACAGGCCUGCCGUAUCUGGUUCAAAGGACUAUGGCCAGACAGAUCUCACUUGUCGAGUGUGUCGGUAAAGGCAGGUAUGGGGAGGUGUGGAGGGGAACUUGGAUGGGGGAGAGUGUGGCUGUCAAGAUCUUCUCCUCUAGGGAUGAGCAGUCCUGGUUCAGAGAGACAGAAAUCUACAAUACUGUACAGCUGCGACAUGACAACAUACUGGGUUUCAUAGCCUCUGACAUGACAUCAAAGAAUUCCAGCACCCAGCUGUGGCUCGUCACGCACUUUCAUGAGCUGGGCUCGCUCUACGACUUCCUGCAGAACACCAUCUUGGAGCCCGAGAGCUGCCUGAGGAUGUGCUUGUCUGUGGCCUGUGGCCUGGUCCACCUCCACACUGAGAUUGUCAGCUCCCAGGAAAAGCCAGCCAUCGCCCACAGAGACCUGAAAAGCCGAAACAUCCUUGUGAAGCGUAACGGACAGUGCUGCAUCGCUGACCUAGGUUUGGCUGUGAUACACUCUCAGUCCCAUGACUACCUCGAUGUGGGCAACAACCCUCGUGUGGGGACCAAGCGCUACAUGGCCCCUGAGGUGCUGGAUGAGACUAUUCGCAUGGACGUCUUUGAAUCCUACAAGCAAACUGACGUCUGGGCCCUGGGCCUGGUCUUCUGGGAAAUUACCCGCAGGACCGUUGUCAACGGGAUCGUGGAAGAGUACCGUCCUCCCUUCUUUGACCUGGUGCCCUCAGAUCCCAGCUUUGAGGAGAUGAAGAAGGUGGUGUGUGUGGACCAGCAGAGGCCCAGCCUGCACAACAGGCUCCAUUCCCAUCCUAUCCUGUCGGCCAUUGUGAAAAUCAUGAAGGAGUGUUGGUACCAGAACCCACCAGCCCGCCUCACAGCUCUGCGGGUGAGGAAAACACUCUCCAAACUGGACCAUGACAGUGACUUCAGCAUCGAGAAACUCAAGCAGGACGUCUAAACCCGGAGCACCAGGAUGAAACAGGGACACAAGAUUGAAAACGCCUGAAGGGAUUUUGUACCACAUUCCAACAGGACGAGGUGCAUCUCAUUAGCAUAUUUUGAGCUAAUGACUCACACAUUAUAUUAAAACCAUAUGACUUUGAGCGGUAGUGUCUAGACUGGGUCGCACCCAAGGCUAUGUUUCUUUAUGUGUGUGUAGCCUAAUUUUCAUCUGCCAUAUUUCUAGUGCCUCAAACCAAGAGGCCCCAAAAAGAAAACUAUUAAGAUCAAGGUAGAUCAAGGUAUUUUUCUUUUUGUAAUGUUCAGCAAAUAAAAGUUUAAAUAAGACAUUUCUACAGCUGGAUGAUUAACCGAAUAAUUCACAGGCUGUUAUACACACACAGGGUUUUAGUCAUUAUUGUCUAAAUCCCUCAUCUCCAUGACGAAAAGGAAAAUCUAGCAUAGCACAAGUACUCAUCGUCUUAGCGAGUGGAGGAAUAUGUCAUCCUGGACUGAUAAACAGCAAAAUUGCACUUGUGGUUUUUCCCAUAAUGACUAAAGCUACUGAAAGUCAUGGAGAACACGAAGGCCUUAGUGUUCAUUUACUUUGAAUGCUGAAAGUAUUUAAGUAAUUACAUGCUCAUACCAAAGCGCAUUACCUGUUGUGUAAGCAUAUUUAACUUAUAUAGAAUGAACAUUUAUUAUCUGCACACAGACACGUUGAGGUAUUUAGUUGUACAUAUUCUAACAACAUGGACGCUGUUGUCUUGUAUCACCAUUGGGUUUAUUGUAAAUAUAUUUCAAAGGGUGUAUUAUUUUCUAUUAUUCAACCAUGAGACACAUUUUAUAUACUUUUUUUUUUACAACACAACUUUUUUCAAAUUAUUUUUUUACAUUUUACAAAUGUACCCUCACCCUUACUAUGGUCAGUAAAGGAAUUCACAAAUGCAAUAUUGUAUAUGUUGAAUAAAGGAUUGUAUUUUUGAA